GCGGCGGAUCACGUGGGCGGCGUGUCAAAGGUCGCGGCGAGGCUCACAAUGGAGCUGUCGGAGCCUGUGCAGAGCGGCUUGCAGCGCCUGGCAGACCCGGGCUGCUUCUCCCCGCGAGCCUACGCCGCCCUGCUGCAGGCCGCCUUCCGGAGCCUGCUGGGCGGCCAGGCCGACCAGGCCGCGCUGGAUCAUCCAGACUUGGAACAUAUUGAACCGGCAGUGUUAAAAUAUUGCCAUGCAGCGGCAGCAACUUGUAUAGUGGAAGCUGGAAAAAACAGAGCUGAGAGAUCUGUCAUAAGCACUUGCCUAGAAGACUGUAAGUUUGACAGAGAAAGAAUUGAAGAGUUUUGCACUGAAUAUCAGAAAAAUAAAGAUUCCUUGGAAAUCUUAUUGGGAAGUGUAGGCAGAUGUCCACUGCAUAUAAUGGAUGUUUCUUGGCGUCUGGAAUAUCAAAUAAAGACUAAUCAGCUUCAUAAAAAUUAUCAUCCUGCCUAUCUGAUGACCUUAAACGUAGAGAGUAGUGACUCAAGAUCUCACCCGGACCUUAAUUUUAGUUGUUCUAUGGAGCAAUUACAGGAUUUAGUUGGGAAAUUAAAAGAUGCAGCUAAAAGCCUAGAGAGAACAACUCAGCUAUAACUACAGUCCCCUGGCAGCCUUCUGGAUACAAGAACAAUUUCCUAUAUCUAAUAGUUUCUUCUUUGAAGAAUAAGAAAUCUUCUUGUUCUUCAUUUAUUUGAUGGGAUUUUGGCCAUUCUAAACCAGAGUGGUUGAAACUGAAUUCCUGCUUUCUAGCCAGCAUUACGAGUUUAAUGUAUGGAAGAGAUUGCAGCAUUUUGUCAAAGAGAUGUCUGGGGGAGAUGUGUAUUUGUUUGAUGUUCAAUUAACUUUCUCCUGUACUAAAUAACCAUUUUACUCUCAUUUAUGGAACCAGACUUUGAUCUGCUUACAAUCUCUAAUAAAUAAA